AAUAGUUCUGUGUAUUUACCCUGUUUGCGCAAUUAUAAAAUUAAUCGAAGUAAAAACAAAAAAUGGAAUUAAAACCUACAAGUGCGAUUCUAUUAUACAAUAAUUAAUAAGAGUAGAAAGAAAUUCGCUAGAAUCACACGACAGUGAAUAAUAAUCGUAUACUUCAUACACAUUUUCAAUUUUUCAGUUGUUAAAAUCUUAAAUUGUACUUUGAACUUUUUAAAGUAGAUCUGAAAUCAUGCUUAUAUAAUCAAUAUAAUAACAUUAAUAUUAAAAUCCUAAAGUAAUAUAUAUAUAUAUAGCAUAAAAUGGGAAAUAAAUCGAGUCUUCUUUUACGUGAAGAAGAAAUAGCUCAAAUUCAAGAAGCAACAGGAUUUACUCCAAAUCAGAUUGAACGCUUAUAUAGUCGAUUUACUAGUCUGGAUCGUGGAGACUGUGGUACAUUAAGUCGAGAAGAUUUUCUAAGAAUUCCUGAACUUGCAAUAAAUCCUCUCGGUGAAAGAAUAGUAAAUGCCUUUUUUGAUGAAAGUGGUAAUGAUAGAGUUAACUUUUUACAGUUCAUGCAAGUACUAGCACAUUUUAGGCCAAUCAAGAAAAAUAGUCCUAACAGAUUAAAUUCGAGACAGGAAAAAUUAAAAUUUGCUUUUAAAAUGUAUGACUUGGAUAACGAUGACUUAAUAUCUAAAGAUGAAUUAUUGGCUAUUUUGCACAUGAUGGUUGGAGCUAACAUUAGUGAGGAACAACUUACCAGCAUUGCAGAACGUACAAUUGUUGAAGCAGAUGAAAAUGGAGAUGGUAUGAUAUCUUUGGAAGAAUUUUGCAAAGUAUUAGAACGAACAGACGUUGAACAAAAAAUGUCUAUAAGAUUUCUUAGCUAAAUUUACUAUGUAUUCUAACAGAUUUUCUUUAUUAAUAAUGUUAAAAAGAGCAAAAUAAAAAAGAAAACUUAUUAUAAUGAAA